CGGGCGGCGGUCGCAGGUGCGCGCUGUAUGUCGGAGUGUGUAUCGGCCGCCGGCGCGCUGUUCGGCAUUUCGAGGUCUGGCGUGUGCUCGGCGACCGGCCGGUGACCGGCUGCAGCGGGUGACGGUGCUGCGGACUGACGGGACGGAGCCGGCGUGGUGCCGAUCAGCCGCGUGCGACCGCGCGUCGCUGGGGUGCGUCAGUGCGAGGGAGUGUACCGGUGAAGGGUGGCCGGCGCCACCGCGGACGCCGAGCCGCCAUGCCCGUCCGCCGCUGGAUGAGGAGCCGCCGGAAGGAGUACACGUCCAAGGACAGCCUGCUGAACGGCGACGAUGACUGGGUGUAUGAGGAGGUGGCACUCUGGCGGGGCAGCCAAGGCCUGGGCUUCAGCAUCGCCGGGGGCCGCGACAACCCGCAUGUCGGGGACGACCCCUCCAUCUACAUCACCAAGCUGAUCCCUGGCGGCACAGCGGCCACCGGCGGUCAGCUGAGAGUCGGCGACAUCAUCGCCCGCGUGAACGGCGUCAGCGUGGCCAACGUCACCCACGAGCAGGCCGUCGACGCCCUGAGGAAGGCCGGCACCAACGUCCAGCUGUCGGUGAGGCGGCGCCGGCAGCCGCGGUCCGAGUACCUGGUGCAGCUGGAGCUACACAAGGGUAGCCGCGGCCUCGGCUUCAGCAUCGCCGGCGGCACCGGCAACCAGCACAUACCGGCCGACAACGGCAUAUACGUGACGAAGAUAAUGGAGGAUGGCGCGGCCUACCAGGACGGCACCAUGGCUGUGGGGGACCGGCUGGUGGCCGUGGACGCCGGGCGGGGGGAGCGGCAGCUGCUGAACGUGACGCACGAGGAGGCGGUGGCGGCGCUGAAGGCCGUCACCGACCGCGUGGUGCUGACGCUGGCCAAGCACGACGGUCGGACGCCGCCGCCGCCGCCUCUGCCGCCGCCAGUCGCAGCCGUGGCGCCGCCGCUCGACACGUCGUCGGCUUACAACGAGCCGUACAACAUCGCCACGCCGAGUGUCGUCAGUGUGGAGAACGUCGCCAGGGAGCAGCGGCAGGUGGUGCUCAGCAGAGCGUCCGGCCAGGGGCUGGGCUUCAAUAUCGUGGGCGGCGAGGAGUCGGAGGGCAUCUUCGUGUCGUUCAUCCUGGCCGGCGGCCAGGCGGACCGGAGCGGCGAGCUGCACCGCGGCGACCGCAUCCUCUCCGUCAAUGGCUGCGAUGUCUCCAAGGCCACGCACGAGCAGGCGGCUGCCGCCCUCAAGGGCGCCGGCCACACCGUGUCCCUGGUGGUCCAGUACCGGCCCGAGGAGUAUAACCGGUUCGAAGCCAGGGUCCACGAUCUGAAACAGCAGAUGUCGUCCUCCACGCUGCGCACCACACAGAAGCGAUCGCUCUACGUCAGGGCGCUGUUCGACUACGACCCGCGGCUGGACGACGGCCUGCCCUCGCGCGGCCUGCCGUUCGCCUUCGGGGACAUCCUGCACGUGACCAACGCCAGCGACGACCAGUGGUGGCAGGCCAAGCGGCUGACACCGCAGGGCCAGCAGCUGGCCAUCGGCAUCAUUCCGUCGCGGGGCCGCUGGGAGCGCAAGAUGCGCGCGCGCGGCAAGUCGGUAGUGUUCCACGCACACGUACCUGCGUUGCAGUCCACCCUAGACCGGAAGAAGAAAAACUUCUCCUUUUCUCGCAAGUUUCCGUUCAUGAAAUCGAGGGAGGAUAUGAGGUCCGAAGAUGGAUCAGAGGACAAUGACCACUCGGUGACGAACGCGUCGGAAGGUGACGAGCGCAGCCUACCUGAGGAGCCGGUGCCCUCGUACGAGCCUGUCCAGCACGUGGAGGUCAGCUACUGCCGGCCGGUCAUCAUCCUGGGCCCGCUCAAGGACCGCAUCAACGACGACCUCAUCUCGCAGUACCCGGACGACUUCGGCAGCUGCGUGCCGCACACGACGCGGCCGUGCCGGGAGGACGAGGUGGACAAGCGCGACUACCACUUCGUGGCGUCGCGCGAGCAAAUGGAGCAGGACAUCCAGAACCACCUGUUCAUCGAGGCCGGCCAGUACAACGACAACCUGUACGGCACCAGCGUAACCAGCGUCCGAGAGGUGGCCGAGGAGCAAAAGAAGCACUGCAUCCUGGACGUGAGCGGAAACGCCAUCAAGCGGCUGCACGUGGCCCAGCUGUACCCGAUCGCCAUCUUCAUCCGGCCACGCUCGCCGGAGCUCAUCCUAGAAUGGAAUAAACGGCUGACGGAAGAGCAGGCGAAAAAGAUGUACGACAAAUGUCAAAAGCUGGAAGUGGAGUUCAGCGAAUACUUUACCAACAUUGUUUCCGGCGACACGCCGGAGGAGAUUUACGAAAUAGUGAAAGAGACCAUCCGUGAGCAGGGUACGAACCGCAUCUGGAUCCCGUCGAAAGAGAAGCUGUGAGAAACUGGCGACGAGCUGAGGCGCGUCUCGCGCGCUGGGGGGCGUCAUGUUGAGCUUUCUGUCGGUGCGGAGAGGCGCGCUCGGCGUCUCUGGAGCCCUCUGGCGGCCGGGAGGAAUCUCAGCGCGCCCACGCCGGGCCUGCUCACCCGCUGAGCGAAGCCCGGUCGCUGGCACCCCCGCCGCUGGCAGCUCCAGCGCCGGAGGAGUGCAGUGGAGUGCGAAGCUGGCCGCAGGUGGCGCCACCGCCGCGGGCGGCCGGAGCUGGCGGCCGGGGUUGUGACGGCGGAGGCUCGCGCCGACCUUUUGUAGGCCGUUCGUUAGAUGUUGUUAGGCUCGGCGUCGCUGGCCGCUUGUACGCGGCUGCCGCCCAAUAGCCCUUGCGAGGCCUCCCCGGUGCCGGUGCGCACGCGUAUCGGGCCAAGCUGCGCGCGCGGGAACUGGCCGCAACUCGAGAGCCGCGCCGUCACUCUCCGACGAGAGAUCUCCCGCGCCAGCUACGCACCUAUAUAUGUGUAGUUUUUUAACACGUUGUCUCUGUACCACCUUUGCGUCCUGUUCGUUCUGUCCGCUCGACCCCUUUCUUGUUGAUAUGACUGCGCUGCCGUUCGAGGCGAACACCUCGCAGCUCCUGUCGUUCCGUAAGGGAGCGCGACGCUGCGCUGAACACCUCCUUCACUCGGUCUGAAUGAGGUGGCCGCACCGGGGCCCGUUCCAUAACAUGUGAUAAUUAUCAUUCUCCCCGAUCGUAGUGUUGGAUUUAUUGUGCCCCCCGUUGAAGGUGCGUUCCCGCUCGCGCGGUACUGUGUGCUUCAAAUUGUUGGUUGCUCCUCAUUCAUUUUAGUAACUUAUAUUCCCAGACGGUUGUGCGCCAUGCAUGUCCCCUGUAACUUCGAAAGAUGCCUGGUUAGUGCGUUGUGCAAUCUGCAGAUGAAGCCCUUAGGCAAUUGUAAAUGGAAGAUGUGUCACAUGUUGUAACAAUAGGUGAUGUGAAUAGAAUAUGAUCAAUUGAUCAGA